AAGCAGCGGAGCUGGUGAGAACCAUUCGAAGACCAAUAACAGUGUUUCUGUGUCCUAGCGAUCACCUGUGGAGAGAGAAAGGAAAACGAGAGAGAGUCAGUAAAGAGCCGACGGUGAACGUGAUACGUACCCAGAGAGCUGUAAGCAGCGGAGCUGGUGAGAACCAUUCAAAGGCCAAUAACAGUGUUUCUGUGUCCUAGCGAUCACCUGUGGAGAGAGAGAAGAAGACAAGAUGGCCGCCUGUGGAAAGAGAAGAAGGCGAGAGUAAGCCAUUGGGCACGGACAGUGGAGAAACCCCUAACAGCCACACCAGAAGUUGUCUGCCUCCAGGAAGAGAAGAAGGAGGGCGCCACGGCCAGCAGGGUCCAGGCGGGAGCCUGACGUUUCCUUUUUCCCCCGUUGAUGGUGGUUGGCACCCCCGUUUUCCCAUCCCUGUCACCCGUGGCUGUAGUCUCCCUGGAGGGAGUAGAAGAAGCCAUUCGUUUUAAAAUUCCCCUUUCCCCGAAAUUUCCCCCCCAUCCUUUUAAGUAUUUAAGAUUUCAAUAAAGCUUGUUUUAAAUUUUACUUACCUGUUUCCGUGUUUGUCUGGUCAUUGGGUCGGCUUUGGGGACCUCCUCGAGGUGGGAGUUGAGAAGGGGCGUGGCUUUAGCCAAACACAGCCAGCCCCUAGUGGUGACAGAUUUUGGCGUAGUCGGCAGGAUCCCACCUCGAGUUGAGUAACCAAGGUCACCCAAUGACUGACAACGCGGGGCCAGCGGCCCCACCCCGUGCCACACCCGUUAUCAUGGGCAGUCCAUGGGUCCAGAGAUACGGAGGAGCCGAGUCGGAGGUACGCCUGACCGAAUGGAAGGCCCAGCUGGAGUACUUGGCCGACCUGCAGGGCCUUAGCGCCGCCCAGCGGCUUCAAUUUGUGUUAAACUCCUUAGAAGGAGAAGCACGGCGAGAAGUACAAGCCGCCCCCGAAGCGACUAGAGCCACCGCCCAGACUGUGUUCCAGUUCCUCACUGAACAAUAUGGUGACCAUACCCCCGUAGCUGUCCUCCGCUCACAAUUUUUCAAUUGCAAACAAGGCCCCCGACAACCUAUUCGAGCUUUUGCCCUCAGGCUGCGGGAGCAGUUCACUCGCCUGCAAGCCCGACGAGACCAUGGGCUAGGAGAUGGAGAAGCCUUGUUACGCGACCAGUUCCUCCUGGGGAUGAAAGAAGGCCCCGUGAGACAAAGUCUGAGGGUCCAGUUCCGGAGGGACCCCGGGCUGACCUUCGAAGAUCUAAAGAAGGAGGCGCUAGCCCUGGAGGGGGACGAGGCCGAAGUAACCGAAGCCCCCGUAUGUGCAGCCGUAAGUGGAAACACAGCGGCGCCACCUGAACACGCAGACUGGAAACAAGCCCUGCGGGUGGAAUUGUUGAAAGAUGUCCGAGAGCAGAUGUCGGAGCUAUCUAAGACCCUCUUGGGGGAACUUCGCCAAAGUAGGGCGCGGGAGGAACCGAGGCCGGCACCCCGAGAGCGAGUCUACUCUGAGAGGGGCCGAGAGCCACCGGGACGCCCGAAUCGUUUGAACCGGCCCCGCUUCGAGUGGGAUGACCAAGGGCGGCCAAUCUGUAAUCGGUGUGGAGAACCGGGGCAUUACAGUCGCCAGUGUGGGCCUCGCAGGGCAUCAGAAGGGGGUUUUUAA